UUUUAACAAUUUCCCGACCCUCGGCUUCGGCCGACCGGUUAGAGCCGACCCCGGUCUUCCGGCUGCACAGGAACUGAAUCAAAAAGCAGAGCGGCGAAAAAAACGGCAACCAAGAAGUACGACAAUGUUCCUGUUGCGGCUGCUUGCUUCUACCCGAUCCAGAACCGGGUCCACUGUAGGACUAUUUGGCACGGCCAUGGUCGCCAUAAACCUGCUGUCGACGUCCAGCGUCCUGGCUUGUCAGGCUGCCCAGCCAUCCGCUAAUUCGAUCAGCACCACCAACGGCGGCGGCGGUUCGGUGUACGAUUUCAGCGCCGUAGACAUCGACGGAAACCGGGUGGAACUGGGCGGGGACCGUUACCGUGGCCACGUCCUGAUCAUUGUCAACGUGGCAUCCAAGUGUGGCUACACCGAUGGCCACUAUGCCGAGCUAAACCAGCUGCUGCAGGAGUACGGCGAAACGAAGGGACUUCGCAUUCUGGCCUUCCCGUGCAACCAGUUUGGUAACCAGGAACCUGAUAGUAACGCAGAAAUCGCACGUUUUGCUCGGGAAAAGAAGGGAGCCCGGUUUGAUCUGUUCUCGAAAAUUUACGUUAACGGGGACGAGGCGCACCCACUGUGGAAGUUUCUGAAGGAGCGCCAAGGUGGCACGCUGUUCGACGCUAUCAAGUGGAACUUUACCAAGUUUAUCGUGGACAAGAACGGACAACCGGUGGAACGUCACGGACCCCAGACCAGCCCACUUGAGUUGAGAGAGAAUUUGGAGAAAUAUUUUUGAAGCUUCGCGAGACCCUACGGCACAGAUGCAUUUGGUAGUAUCCCAACCUUGCUUAUCCAAAGAGUAGUAAUAUGUAUCCAUUGAUUACACCGGUAAAGGUUUUGCCCUAGAGCUCAAACUAGAAAAAAAUAAAUGAUUAUAGCUUUUUAACCAUUUUUGUGAAUUUUGGUGCCCCUUGCAAAGAUAACUUUUUCAGAGACUUAAAUGAGUUUUCCCGUAAGCCAACGUUGUAGUGACGAACCCGGUGAACACUUUCUCUACGGCCUUUUGACGCACUUCUGCAUUCACUUAGGGCACCAAAAUUCAAGGGAAUGGUUAAAAAGCUAUAAUCUUUGAGGCCAACUGUUUUUAGCUUUAGGACAACUUUUUUUCGCUUUUGUCGACCAGUGUUAUCGAUUAUUUAAUCUAAUAAAGAUUGUUCAUACCUUUGCA